CUGCUACAAGCUUUACUGCAGAGAAAGACCCAUCGGUAGAGUUACAGUAUGAGGGAGUUAACGGGUAUGUGUAUAUAGUUGAAUACUAUGAUGGAAAAGUGACUCUGGCAUCACACAUCAACCCUGUGGAUGAAAAAGCUGCCAAUGUUGUCCAUGGCGGUCACAUGUCCGUGCAAGACUGGCAACAGUUUCGGACAGUUGUUUGUACAGACCUUGAGCAAGUAGGUUUCCUGGAAUCGCUUUACGCUGUUCAGUGGUAUAGUGCAUCAGGACCGAAAAUAUACCAUCUUACCGCAGACCGGUAUAGCAGACGACAUGAUGAUUUCAUUUUUCUGACGGCGUGCGAGGACCGCGAGCAAAUUGUGGCAAAUAGGGGUCGUAAUGGAUGGAGGGAACAGCCAUAUCCGCUUACAGACGAAGAGUAUAACAAGUGGUUCCCACUCAUUUUCUUUAUUCAGUGGUGUGACUGGCCUGCUCUGCAAAAAGUGUUUAAACAAAUUGACGAAGCAAUCAAGAGAGACAGGGUUAAUCAGGCUUACGGGUCUGUUAGAAAACGUCUUGUUUACGACAAUACACCGAGUGGUAUGCAAUCUGGUGUGCAUGCUACCUUGCGUAGACCGAAAAUCAUCCACCCCUUAAGCAUCUAAAAGAAUGACAGGCUCUGAAAAUGCCAGCCUCCCCACGACCUGGACUCCCCCCUCUUCUCCAUCUCUGAUGAUUCACACCCAGCAGCCGACACCUCCUCCAUCCCCAGAGCCUAUGGCCACACAGGAAGAGAAGAAUUGUGAAACUCAUGAGGUGUUUGAGUAUUCCGAAAAGUUUGUGGAAGGUAUUAGAAUGAGCGUGAUACACUUGCUGGCCAACGUCUGGCGUCGAUACAUCAGAGAGAUCUGUUACGGAUGUCAGACGAAUAAUCCCAGUCAGAAAAACCAUCCGUGUUUGGAUCCAGACGAGUGUUUCUACCAGCUACACUUUGAACCUCUGAUGAAAAGGCUUUGGACUGAGAACUUCAUACCCUCCAUCUUCAUGUUUAUGUUCAUGAAUAAUGUCGAUGUGGGGAGAGAGCGCAUCAUGGGGGCUGCGGAAGUACUUUUAAACGAGCUGAAAUAUGCAGAUAAUGUGGCGCACACCAUGGAUAAAAUGUCUGAGACCUGGGGGGAAGACAAACACAAAAUUAAACAACUGCAAAAGCUUCUCAAAUGGUAUGAUGGAGAGUGUGAGUCACCCGAUGAAAUCGAUGUUGAUGAUGACGAAACUGAAACGGAUGAUGAUGAUGUGUAAAAUACAUGUUGACAGAGAGAAAAUAAAAUGAAAUGAAAUCGAAAACAAUGUGAAAAUCUUGAGUGUCUUAAUAACGUAAUUCUUAAACAAAUGUUAUCCUUCCGGCUACCAUGUCUUGUAUGACAGAAAUAAAACUUGUUGGAAUGAACGCCCCUGUGGUCACUCGUACUUUGACACCAUCAUGGAGAGGACGCUGCAAAAGAUUUAUUAUGAUCCAUCGCAUCCAGGGGGUUUGGGCAGUGCGACUAAACUGCGCAACGCCGUUAGAGAAUGUACCGGAGUGACCCCUCCCAUGACCGAGGUGAAUGCCUUUUUAUUGGAACAAGAUGUGUACACGUUACACGCCAAGGCUGCGCUACAUUUUCCGAGGAACAGGGUUUUAGUUAGCGGUAUAGACAGACAGUUUCAGAUGGAUCUUGUUGAUA